UGCCGUAGCGGAGCCCUCUGGCUGUGUGCGUCUGAGAAGCCGCCGCCGGGAGUCGCGGACGGUUUGCUGAGCCCGUUAGUGCCCCUGGCCGAAACUCACGGUGCCGUCAUGUCCCGCUACCUGCGUCCCCCCAACACGUCUCUGUUCGUCAGGAACGUAGCCGACGACACCAGGUCUGAAGAUUUACGGCGUGAAUUUGGUCGUUAUGGUCCUAUAGUUGAUGUGUAUGUUCCACUUGAUUUCUACACUCGACGUCCAAGAGGAUUUGCUUAUGUUCAAUUUGAGGAUGUUCGUGAUGCUGAAGAUGCUUUACAUAAUUUGGACAGAAAAUGGAUUUGUGGACGUCAGAUUGAGAUACAGUUUGCACAGGGGGAUCGAAAAACACCAAACCAAAUGAAAGCCAAGGAAGGGAGGAAUGUGUAUAGCUCUUCACGCUAUGAUGAUUAUGACAGAUACAGACGUUCUAGAAGCCGAAGUUACGAAAGGAGGCGAUCAAGAAGUCGGUCUUUUGAUUACAACUAUAGAAGAUCUUAUAGUCCUAGAAACAGUAGACCGACUGGAAGACCACGGCGUAGCAGAAGCCAUUCCGACAAUGAUAGAUUCAAACACCGAAAUCGAUCUUUUUCAAGAUCUAAAUCCAAUUCAAGAUCACGGUCCAAGUCCCAGCCCAAGAAAGAAAUGAAGGCUAAAUCACGGUCUAGGUCUGCAUCUCACACCAAAACUAGAGGCACCUCUAAAACAGAUUCCAAAACACAUUAUAAGUCUGGCUCAAGAUAUGAAAAGGAAUCAAGGAAAAAAGAACCACCUAGAUCCAAAUCUCAGUCAAGAUCACAGUCUAGGUCUAGGUCAAAAUCUAGAUCAAGGUCUUGGACUAGUCCUAAGUCCAGUGGCCACUGAUAGUAUAAACUAUGAUACUUUCUAGGCAUGUAUCAUUCAUUUACUCAUAGUUUGGUAUACUUAAAUUAUCAGGAAUACAAUGUUGCAAUGAUGCGUAAAAACACUUGUUAGUUUUCCCUGUACCAGGCAAUGGUUAUAUUAAAAUGAUAUGCUGUUGAGAAGCCACUCUUAAGAGUCCAGUUUGUUUAAUGUUAUGGGCAGCUACCAAUUUGUGGUGUCUCUGUAUAUUUUUGUAAAGAUUCUCAUUUUUUAUGCUUGAAUUAUCUGGUGAAAAGAUGUUGGUUGACCAUAAUUUGCAACAUUGUCUUAUUAAAGAUAAAUUUUCAUAUUUGAUAGAACUGUUAACCUAGAAAUGUAGCUUGCUGAUAAGAUAGAAUGAUACAAAAGUGAGGUUGUAGCCACAUUACCACACUUACUGCUCAGACACAUGUAGGUUCAGGGUGGACCUCUAUGUCUUGUCAAGAUAACUAGGCCCAUGAUAACAGUUUAUUUAUGAUGCAGUGUGGACUAGUUCUUUUCUUAACCCCACUGUCUUGGGGAAUGAUGCCAACUGGGUUAGGUAGCAUUCUGAGGAAGAGUGAGUACUUUACUGAAACAUGGAGCCUUCACUACUUUUUUUUUCUGUUCUAAGAUUUGGAAUAUAAAAACAUCAGAAAAACUCCCCUUAAAACUUGAACAUGUCAGUGAUGACGGAAAUAAUUUUAAGGGGAAAAGAAUGUUCUUACAUAAAGUUACUCUAAAAUUUAAGGAGCAUUGUUGACCAUUGUUACUUAGUUUUCUUGCUGUUAGAAGCAUUAGUAAAUUGUUCCAAAAUAGAUUUUGUGUUUGUGCAUAGUGUAAAAAAAUGAAUUUUGAUGCUUACAGCACUUGGCAUGUGCAUUUGUAUCAAAAUUUGCCUACCUCUUUUUGAGGGGGGCUUGCUCUUUACACCUCAGUUUAUUUAAUGUGAGGCAAAUUGAAAGAUAACACUCCCAUCCUUGAUGAUUCUGUGGUGCCAUGAAAUUUAAAGUAAUUUUGGAUAAAGGAUUAGUUUUAAGCAAGAGCCACAUCUCUUAGUUUUUGAUUAUCAACGUAGUACCGUAGUACUUGACUAAAAACGAGGAAGUAAUACCCUUAAUUAUAAUUUCUAGUAUUUCUCAGAACGUUCGGGAGGUAAUAAAAAGUGACUUGAAAUGUCCAGUCUCAUUUCAGAAUAAAAAGGCAGCAUCUUUAAAAAUCUCAGACUGCUUGGAGAUAUAAGUAAGAAAUACUAUGGGAAAAUGAUUCCUUUUAGAGGAUUACUUUUUUUUUUAAUUUUGAUUUUAGAAGUCUAGGCCUUGCCUGUAAAGAACAAAGAUGGUUUUUAAUACUGUUUGUGGAAUGUGUUUAAAGGAUCGAUUCUAGAACCUUUGUAUAUUUGAUAGUGUUUCUAACUUUCAUUUCUUUACUGUUUGCAGUUAAUGUUCAUGUUCUGCUAUGCAAUCAUUUAUAUGCACGUUUCUUUAAUUUUUUUAGAUUUUCCUGGAUGUAUAGUUUAAACAACAAAGUCUAUUUAAAACUGUAGCAGUAGUUUGCAGUUCUAGCAAAGAGGAAAGUUGUGGGGUUAAACUUUGUAUUUUCUUUCUUAUAGAAGCUUCUAAAAAGGUAUUUUUAUAUGUUCUUUUUAACAAAUAUUGUGUACGACCUUUAAGACAUCAAUGUUUGGAUCAAAACAAGACCCAGCUUAUUUUCUGCUUGCUGUAAAUUAAGCAAACAUGCUAUAAUAAAAACAAAAUGAAGGAAAUAAUGAUUAACUGGAAUUAUUAUAGUAUUGAAUAUGAGUCUAAAAUAACAAUGGAAAUAAUCCCUUAUAGAUUUAGGAAUAUUUUUAAUCAAUGUUGCAUUAGGCACAACUAACUUUGGAAAUGAUACAACCUGCCAGAAAUCUCCAUCUUUUACAUAGUACUUAGUUCCUUAUGUCAAAGUUAUUUCACAAUUCCUCAUUUAGCCUCUCUUCAGAGGUUUUUCAGUAGUGUUAAGAUACAUUAAAUCGAAAUUUGAGCCAGCUAAUUACAAAUUUAUACUUUUCAUUAUUAGAUAAGUCAGUAAUUCUGCUCGCCCCCUUCCUAAACAAGAUACAUUUGAAAUUCUUUUUCAUUGAAUCCAGGUGAGCAUUUAUUAAGUGACGAUGACCACUUUGGGGGAGUGGUUGAGGCCCUCUGUAAAUUCUAGCUAUUUCAUAGUUAACAGUUAUAGCUGAUUAGUUUACAAUGUGCCAGACACUGUUCAAGCGGCUGUGUUGUUGACUCAUUUGUUCUUCACAAAACCCUGUAAGGAUGAUGCUUCAUUUUUAGCCCCUUACCACAGAUAAGAAAACUGAGGCACCAAAGGGGGGACUGUAAAUCGUAUAGCCAAGAUUUGAACCUAGAUAUGGUCCUUAGAUUUUUUUUUAAUGGAUUAUAAUUUGAGAGUAGAUUGAGGAGAUAGCCCAGUGAAAUUGUUCUCAGUCUCUGUAGAACUAGAAGGCCUAAUGUUUUUGUUUUUACUUUGUCAGUUUAUUUUUAGCUCUCAGACUUGAGAAGCUUAUAUAUUGUUUCUAAAAAUGAUGUAGCUUCACAAGGACUAGUUGAACUCAUGGUGGUAAGGAUCCUACUGAUACUUGGUGAGGAUCUCUGUACUGUGUUUUAAGGUAAUUUUAGAUUUGAGUUUCACAAUUUAGAAUGUACUGUGUGUCUGGCACUGGGCUCUAUUCUACAGAGUAGUCAUGUCGACAUUCAAGUGAAGGCUGACACUUUGCCUCUCUUUUUACUUAAGCUCACUCUGCAUUUUUUUUUUUUUUUUAAAGCCAAGUAAGCAAGAAGAAAAGUAAGAGAUAAAUGCUUCAGUGAGAAAGGACAGGUGCUACAUAGAGUUUGAGCUGUUAAGUUACAGCCUAGGGGAAAGACCUGGGAACUACUGUACUAUUCUCUUGACAAUUUGGCCCAGUAAGCUGCUACAUCCAGUCAACUAACAAAAUCCUGUAUACCACAGAGAAGAAUAAAGAAAACCAAACUGACAAACAUCCUUC